CAUAUAAUUUGACAAGAGAAAAUGUUUUGUAGAACGGAGAAAGUUUUAUCAAUGGAAGAGUGAUAUUCAAGUUUGAAUGGAAUGGGGGUGAUGAAAACCACUCAAUCACACCUCUCUCCAUGGUGGUCCUCUGUCUUUUGUGUUAUGAGUACACCCCAAGUUAAAUAUUGCAUUAAAAUAACAUGAAAAAAUGUUGCCUACUUCAUCUAUAUCACACAUUUGGUAAAUCAAACCUCCUCUCUAAUUUAAAUGGUCUCUAAUAAAGAGGAGAGUUGAGUGGGCAUGGGACAUCACUGCUGCAGCAAACAGAAGGUGAAGAGAGGGCUUUGGUCUCCAGAAGAAGAUGAAAGGCUAGUCAGGCACAUCACCGCCCAUGGCCAUGGCUGCUGGAGCUCUGUCCCUAAACUUGCAGGGUUGCAGAGGUGUGGGAAGAGUUGCAGAUUGAGGUGGAUAAAUUAUUUGAGGCCAGAUCUCAAGAGGGGCUCUUUUACAGAGCAAGAAGAGAGGACCAUAAUAGAUGUGCAUAGAAUUCUUGGGAACAGAUGGGCACAAAUUGCCAAACACUUGCCAGGGAGGACUGACAAUGAGGUGAAGAACUUUUGGAAUUCUUGCAUCAAGAAGAAGCUUAUUGCCCAAGGCUUAGACCCCAACACCCAUAAUCUCCUCUCUCCAAACCAGUCCAAGAAGAACCACAAACCCUACCAAAACAGCUCAACCAAUUCAACUUUCACAAUAGUAGAGACACCACACCCCAAUUCAUCUUUUCCCUCAUUGCACCAUCAACCCAAUAAUAACAACAACCCUACCACCAUGAUGGACUUUGGCCUCAGCUGUUCAUCAAUGGAGAGUAGUUCAUCUUUGAUCCCUCGAACCGGGUUCGGGUUCGUGACAGGGAACCUGCAGGGAGGUUCCAUGUUUGAAUCAUCAAGCGCGGCAUUAUUUGGGCCCGAAGAAGCCGUGGCCAAUGUGUUUGAAGGCUCCAACUUUGAUCAGUUUGAUGAGUUCAUGGACGGCGAUUCGUCAUUGAUGCCUUGUGAGGGAUUGUAUUGCAAUGUAAAUUAUCCACUUGUGUGGGAUUGCUAAUUAAGAGUUCGUUGAAUUAUAUGUAUGUUCAGUUCAUAGCUUUGCCUCCUCUAAGUGUAUACAAUUAUCAGAUCUUGAGAAUGGUAGAUGCAUUUUCUUUCUUGAUGAAGCUCUGAUGGAUGUCUUAAAAGUCACAGUUUUUGAGACACAUGUAGUUGCAUCGAGUAAUGGAGUAGUUGCAAAGGACCAGACAUUGAGCAAUGUCAUCAUCGCAUAUAGCCAUCUGCCUCUCAUUCCCUCAUUCCGUCCAAAAAAGCCCAGGUAUAUAUGCUUGUGUUUUCUCUUCUCUCCAAUGUCCAUCGCUGCACUCCAACCCGCAAGCUUAAUGAAGACUGGUCAUCAGG